UCCUCCUCGUCCUCUCUUCCUCCUUUUCUUCUUCUUCUUCAGUUCGUUCUCGUUGUGCGCGAAGAGCUCCCGGAGUUAUCAUCGCAAUGGAGUGUCGCUCGCUACAGGCGCCGAGCGCGAAUGCGAUCGCCUCUUCGCGAACUGGGCCGCUCGAGAAGCCAUUUCUUCACGGCCAGGUGUUGCAGUUGCCGAACAAUGCGAAGCGAUAUCGGUUCGUCGGGAAGGCGAGGCCUCUCGAGCUCAGAGCUCUAACUUCAGAUGCAACCAGAAUGAGCUCUGCGACAACAGAAGCGAUACCAAGUAACCUUGAUAAGAAAGAUGAGGGUGUUGUGUUUGUUGCUGGUGCCACUGGAAAAGUUGGAUCAAGGACUGUGAGGGAGCUUUUGAAAUCAGGAUAUCGAGUCAGAGCCGGCGUGCGAAGUGCUGAAAGAGCAGUAGCUCUUGUGCAGAGUGUUAAACAGAUGAAGUUUGAGGGGGAUGACACAAAGGAGGGGUUUAGACCUGUAGAGAAGCUUGAAGUUGUGGAAUGUGACUUGGAGAAGCCAGAUCAGAUAAGCCCAGCCUUAGGCAAUGCUUCCGUGGUUAUAUGCUGCAUUGGUGCCAGCGAAAAGGAAGUUUUUGACGUUACGGGCCCAUACAGAAUAGACUAUAUGGCUACGAAGAACCUCAUUGAUGCAGCAACUUUGGCCAAAGUUAACCACUUCAUCAUGGUUUCAUCUUUGGGAACAAAUAAGGUCGGAUUUCCUGCAGCUAUACUGAAUUUGUUCUGGGGGGUGUUGAUCUGGAAAAGGAAAGCUGAAGAAGCACUUAUAGCCAGUGGUAUUCCUUACACUAUAGUGAGGCCAGGGGGAAUGGAGCGGCCUACUGAUGCUUAUAAGGAAACUCACAAUGUUACUCUGUCAGAGGAAGAUACUUUAUUUGGAGGCCAAGUUUCAAACCUUCAGGUGGCAGAACUCAUGGCAGUGAUGGCCAAAAACCGUGGCCUUUCAUACUGUAAAGUGGUGGAGGUAAUUGCCGAAACAACUGCUCCACUGACUCCCAUGGAAGAGCUUCUUGCUAGGAUACGAUCACAACGUCAAGAACCACAGGAACCUGAUGCUUCUGAUGAUACUUCUCCUGCACCUUCUAAUGUAAUCACAUCAGCGCCUCCAAAAACCCCAGUUGUUGAGGAAAUUUCCAAAAGCAAAGCAGUUGCAACUAAGCCACUCUCUCCUUAUCCCGCAUAUGAAGGUUUGAAGCCCCCUACUUCGCCAUCUCCCUCCGUACCAAUCACGCAGCCUCCAUCCUCAGUCUCUGUGGACAUAUCAGGAAAUGGUGCACCACAGCCUCAGCCUUUGAUGACAAACAAUCCAAAAGACAGGGAGGAACAUGAAGAGAGAAAACCGGGGCCACUUUCUCCAUUUACAGCUUACGAAGACCUAAAGCCUCCAACGUCCCCAAUGCCAUCAUCCCCAAAGAAAUGUUGAAUCUGCACAUAUAUUCACUUAUAGGCUCCAAAUUGGGUAAUGCAGUUAGAUUAUGCUCAUUCAGUUAGUUAAAAUCCAUAUUAGCUGUGACUUUUGUCUCUUGUUAUUGCAACCAGAUGGCCAGAAUCUAUGCUUGCGCCUUGGGAUCAUUCGUGUUUUGCAGCACCAUUCAUGCCGCAGGAGAAUGAGUGGGCUGGCCAUCGAAGAUUGUAUGAAAUUACCUGUGAGCUCAAUUUUCCAUUCUGCCUUUGUAUCAUUCCGACAAAUUUUUGUCAAUUUGUGUGACUGCAGUAAGUUGUGUUUCAUUUGAUGCACUGUCGGAAGUCUGGGUCAUUGGAGUUUUCCUCUAGCCUAAAUUUAUGAGUUUUUCAUG